AUGAUCAUAGAAAUUAUUAAGGAUAUGGCAAGUUUUACUAUCAUUCUUGUUUAUUGGAUUGUUGGUUUCAGCUUGAUGUUUUAUCUAUUUACUUUUGAUAAAGAUAAUGAUUUUUAAGACAGCUUUGAUAUUUAUGAUUAAGUUUAAAUGUUUGUAAAUUCAUUGUAAUUCACUUAUAUGCUUUCGUUUGGAGAUUUCGAAACAUCAGGAUUUACAGCACAGUAAUGGAUAUUAUUCAUUAUUUCAACCUUUUUUAUUCCCUUAGUUUUGUUUAACUUGAUUAUUGCUGUAAUGGGGGAUACUUAUGAUCGGGUAUAAACUUUAGCAACAAGUGUUGAUUUGAAAGAACAAGCAAAAUUAGUGAUGGAAGUAGAGGGACUUUUGAAUUUGAAAAAUAAAACUAGCAAUAAAAAAUUGCAAAGAUUGCUAAUAUGUCAUAAUGCUGAAAUUGGCUAGGAUGCUCCUGAGUAAUUAUUAUGGGAGGGGAAAAUAAAAAUUCUUACUAAAAUUAUUUAAAGGGUUGAGGAAAAGGUCCAAGGAACUAUUAGCAUGAGGCAAGAUAUUCUUGAUGCUGUUGAUGAAGUUAAGACAAUAGUGAAAAAAGAAAAAGAGAAAAAAGAACUCCAAAAUUAUUGA